AAACAGUGAGGGGAGGAGCCAGGGAGUUGAGAGAGGGAGAGAAGGGAGGCAGAGAAAAAGCAGACGGGCUGCUGAAAAUGGAGAGCACACGGAGAAAGGUGAUCGGAGAUUAUUCAAGAGCAUGUCAAAAUAGGAAGACCACAACAGUUACACUAAACUCAAAAUAGGGAAUAACUCCACCGCAUAGACCCUUUUAGAAGAAGGAUCCAGCCUGCGAGAGCAACAUUUAGCUGUUUGAUUUCAGCACAAGAUCAAGUCAGUAGAAGAGAAGGUGUUUCUCAGUAUGAGUCGAGAUGGGCGGAGGAAGAGGGACAGGGAUGACAACGGUUGGGCCUCCAUGGGUGGCUACAUGGCUGCUAAGGUGUCCAAGCUGGAUGAGCAGUUUAAGAUGGAUGCCCCCAGAGAGAAACAGAAAGAUGGAGCCUGCUCUAGCAUCUUCGCUGGGGUGGCCAUAUAUGUCAACGGGUACACAGACCCCAGUGCGGACGAGCUGCGCAGGCUGAUGAUGCUGCAUGGGGGUCUGUUUCACAUGUACUACUCCCGCUCCAAGACAACCCACAUAAUCACCACCAAUCUGCCCAACAGCAAGAUACAGGAGCUGAGGGACCAGAAGGUGGUCCGGCCGGAGUGGAUCACUGACAGUAUCAAGGCUGGCCAUCUCCUGUCCUACCUGCAGUACCAGCUCUAUGCCAAGCAGAAAGGCCUGACCUUCCCCAGUGUGUGUGUUCGCCAGGGCCAGGAGGCUGCAGGACUCAUCCACGGGCAAACCCAACCCAGCCACAGCCUCCCUGUACCCAGCCUCAAUAACCUCAUACCUGUCCUCAACAACCCAUCCCCCAGCCUUGGGAAGCCCCUAUCCAGCCACCACACUCCUAUAUCCAGCCACAGCAUUCUACACAUAGACAAUCUCCUCCCCCAGCCCAACCAGUGUAACCCGCUAUCUGGUGACCUCAACCCCCAGCCCAGCCACUCGCUCCCCCUCGCCAGUCACCUCAACCCUCAGUCCAGACACUUUAGCCCAGGACACUGCUUUCUCAGCCCCUACUCCUCCAAUCACCUCUACUCUGACCCAGGACACAUCCCCCACCACCCACCCAGCCAAGGGCAGGCCAAGCCAGGCUGCAUCCAGCCUCUUGCUCCAGCCGACACCCACUUACAGACCCCCGGUCCCAUCCCAGCUCACCCCAGCCAUGAGCACUCUAAACCUGGGCACGCACAACCUCAGUCCAGCCUCUCCUUCUCCAACCACCUCCAGCACAGCUACCGGGAUCUGGACUUCAGACUAAAUGGAUCAUUACUGACCUAUGACAAAAUGAGGACCGCCCAAAUAAACUGGGUGCAAGAGGGGGGCGGAGAGGACCCCUGUUCUGUCAGACCCACCAGAGGGGCAACGGACCCCCCUCUGACCAAUGGUCACGCCCACCCUGUGAAUGGUGCCUUAAAGCCUCUGGAUCUCUCCCCCAACCCCACACUACCCACAGACACACCCCUGAACCCUGACAGGAAGUCCACGGGGGGGUCUGUGUCCCUGCAUCCUGCCAGCCCCCUAUCCAACUCCCCUUUGAAAUCUGACCCCCCCAAACUUCUCCACAGCCCCCCCAGGAACCCAACUCCUCCCCCUGUGUCUCACCACAGACACCACGAACAACUGGCCAAUGAACAGCAACCCAAACCUCCGCCACCCACCUAUCAGGAGGCGACGGCUGCCUUGGCGUCCCGCCCCCUCGUUCUCUCACCGCCGAAGCCCCGUCAAUCAGAUUCCCCUCCUGAGAAACCCCUCCCCCUUGAUAACCCAAACCGCUCCACUUCCCCUGUCCGUCUGAAUGGCAGUCACCACAAUGCCUUUACACCUAACCCCGCCCCUCUUGAAACCAACAACUUAUCAGCUAUUCCCUCAAAUCCCGCCACUCCAGACAGCGACCACCAAUCAGUACUGGCGAAGACCGGGGGGAUCAUCUCAGAGUUCUACUCCCACUCUCGUCUACAUCACAUCUCCACGUGGAGGAGUGAGUUCUCUGAGUAUGUCAACACGCUGCAGAGCAGGAGGAGGGCCACGGGGGGCGCCACAUUCCCCGGUAGAGACAGGCUCAAACGCCAGAGGAGAGAGGGCUCGUCAGCUGCUCCUGGCCCUCAGUCCUGUAUCCUGCAUGUGGACAUGGACUGUUUCUUUGUCUCCGUGGGGAUCAGACACAGGCCCGACCUUAAAGGGAAGCCAGUAGCUGUGACCAGUAACCGUGGUCCAGGCAGAGUGGCCCAGAGGCCUGGCGUUGACCGCCAGCUGGAACUGCAGUACUACCAGAGGAAAUACUCCCAUGCAGGCGUCUCGGAGAGGAAGGAUGGGGACCUGGAGGAAAUGACCUCGGCCGAGAGUCACGUCUCCCACUCCCACCCGGACACAACUUGCCUCUCUAUGGCUGAGAUUGCCUCCUGUAGCUACGAGGCCAGGCAGGCAGGAGUGAGGAAUGGGAUGUUUUUUGGCCAGGCCAAACAGCUGUGUCCUUCCCUGCAGUCUGUCCCUUAUGACUUCCAGGCUUACAAGGAGGUGGCACUGGCUAUGUACGAGACCCUCGCCAGUUAUACUCACAACAUUGAGGCUCUGAGUUGUGAUGAGGCGUUGGUGGAUUGCUCUGCCCUGCUGGCUGAGUUGGGUGCUACACCUGAAGAGCUGGCCAGCGCCAUCCGGACAGAUGUCAGGGAGAGGACUGGGUGCACUGCCUCGGUGGGCAUGGGGUCCAACAUCCUGCUGGCGAGGAUGGCGACCCGGAAGGCCAAGCCAGACGGACAGUACCUCCUGAGGUCAGAGGAAGUGGACGACUUCAUCAGGGACCACAGGGUCACUAGCCUGCCAGGUGUGGGCCGUUCUAUGGGCGCAAAGCUGGCGUCUCUGGGUGUGAGGUCGUGUGGGGACCUGCAGCAGGUGUCUCUACAGCAACUGCAGAAGGAGUUUGGCCCUCGCACCGGGCAGACCCUCUUCAGGUUCUGCCGAGGUCUCGACGACCGGCCCGUACGCAGCGAGAAGGAAAGGAAGUCUGUCUCGGCCGAGAUGAACUACAACGUCCGCUUCACACAGGUGGACGAGGCGGAGUCGUUCCUGACCAACCUGUCCAUGGAGGUACAGAAGCGUCUUCAGGGGGCGGGGCUCAGGGGUCGCAGACUGACCCUAAAGGUCAUGGUGCGUAAGGUGGGGGCCCCGGUGGAGCCAUCCAAAUAUGGUGGUCACGGCAUCUGUGACAAUCUGGCCAGGUCAGUGACCCUGGCCCAGUCGACAGACAGUGGUCAGUUGAUAGGCAGUGAGGUCAUCAAGCUGUUCCACUCAAUGAGGCUGGAGGUGCAGGACCUGAGGGGGGUGGGCCUUCAGGUGCAGCUCCUUGAUGGGGCUCACUCAGCCCCCUAUGACCCCUCCGGCCCUAAAACACGCUCCAUCAGAGACAUGCUUCUGGCCCAGCGGCCCCCCACCCAACACAACCACACAGAUUUGCUAGCUGAUGCUCCUGUUGCUGACUCAACCACCAAUCAGGGGAAGAGUUCCUCUGCCAGAGUCCCACCCCCCUUCUCCACUCUCCGCCCUCCUUCGCCUGCUGAUCCAAUCCCAGGGACAAGUAAAGAAGAGCCUCUGCCCUCUACGCGCACACCUAACCAUGUUCGGACACGCCUCAACCUCAGCAUCGAGGUCCCCUCUCCUUCACAGGUGGACAGGUCAGUGUUGGAUGCCUUGCCUGCAGAAUUGAGAGAACAGGUGGAGCGCUCCUGGACCCACAGAGAGAAAGAGAGAUCCCACAAUGGGUCACACCACCGCCCCUCUACCCCUCACCCCUCAUCCCUUCUUUCUUCCCCCUCCUCUCCUCCUACCCCCGCUGCCCUUCCUGUAGGAACACUGGUGCUUCAGAUCCCCAACCAGCCUGGACAGCCUGGCUCCACGGGCAUCAUACUGGAACUGCCUGACUUUUCCCAGGUUGACCCGGAGGUGUUUGCAGCGCUCCCCAGAGAGCUCCAGGAGGAACUGCGUUCAGCGUACAGCCGCAGAGAGACCGCCCAGGCCCAAGGCAUCAUCAUGGCAGAGCAGAGGAACCCCCUGUUGCAGCUGAAGCAGGUUGGAGUGGGUCGGGUGAAGAGGCGCUACAAGAAGAAGAACACCAACUCCAGUCCCAUUAAGAAAGGCCUCUCCCCUCUAAAGAGGCCCCACCCACCAGGAAACAGCCCUGCCAAAGCCCUACAGCACCCGCUCAGACCGAGGGACCUAUCCAACGGCCUCAAGCUGGAGAAUGGACCUUCCACAUCCUCCCUAAAGCAGGAUGUCCCAGAGACUCUGUCUAAGUUCACCCCUCGCCCUGAACCCACCCUGGCUGGAGCCUGUGAUUUCACGGACAUCCGAACACUACUCAGAGAAUGGGUCACUACCAUAUCAGAACCCAUGGAGGAGGACAUUCUGCAGGUGGUCAAGUACUGCACUGAUCUGAUCGAGGACAAAGACCUGGAGAAACUUGACCUGGUCAUCAAGUACAUGAAGAGGUUGAUGCAGCAGUCUGUGGAGUCUGUGUGGAGCAUGGCCUUUGACUUCAUCCUGGACAACGUGCAGGUGGUGGUACAGCAGACCUACGGCAGCACUCUGAAGAUCACAUAGGAGAGGACACGGCAGGCUCUAGCCAAGUCUCAAAUCGCACCUUAUUCCCCACAUAGUGCACUGGUCAAAAGUAGUGCACUAGUAUGUGGGGGAUAGGAUGCCAUUUGAGAUCCAGUUUUGCUCCUCCACACACUCUGCAUCAGUGUUCUGUUUGUUGUACCACUGUUACAUCAUCAAACUAUUACAUCAUAAUCCUGACGGGAGGAGCUGUCUUCUCUUCUUGUGACAUCACAGUGAAAGUUCUGUGACAUCAGCUCAGCAAGCCCCAUAGAAUUAGUAAUAAUAGGAUCUAUAUGACAAGCUCUCUCUCACUGACCUGCGUUCUAUUUCGACUUCAUUAUGACACGCGUCAGCAGAACACAGCACAGGAAUCGGCUGCACUACACUUCAGCAGCCUGAAUAUCAACUUGGCCCGACACGCACUGUCCAACCUUCAAUGAGCCGGGGGGGGGGGCAGCAGGAACACUCCUCCUGUAGCCCUGUUGGUCAGGACCCACUGAAUCUCAUGAGUGAUGGCUGACUCGGCCAUUAGGUGUGUGAAUAUGCCAAAUAUCACAGUCUGAUGGUGGCCAUGGAAUCUCCUUGCCUUCUUGACGGUCUACUCUGCCCCCCCCCCCCCCCCCCCUAUUCUGUGACAUCCAGGGUUUGGAGGCAGAAAGAAGGAAACCAUAGACAUCCACUUUUCCUGGCUCUGUUUCUUUUCUCUCUGCUUUUCACCAGUCGUUCUGUUACUCUAAGCUCUGCCACCAUAGCCUCAGAGGUAUCUGCAAACUGACAUGGUAGCAAAAAGAUGCAAAAACAUCCUGUUUGGGAGAUUGUUUUUAAAAAGCAAGCAAAUUUUUUUUUUUUUGACCUUUCCUCUGCAAAAAAAAACAAAAAGUGCCAAACCUUGUUAUGGCAUGUAAAUUGUGUUUUCAACACCUCUUGUUAAGUUUCAAAAGAAAACAACUUUCUAUAUAGACAUUCUUAUGUUUUCUCUUGUAUUGGUUACAAGUAGUGUGUUAUUAACUGUUAGUUCUCUCUUUUGCUCUUUCAUCGUGUGUGUUUGUGACGGGGAUGGAAACCAACAUUUGGCCGAAGCACUUAUGUAACUUUUUUAUGCAACCUCUAUAGGUUGACACAGAAUUGCAAUGGUGUGAAGUGGCUUCCUCUCCUUCAACUACACUGAUGAGAAAAUCUAGGAGAAGGCAAUACUAUAUCGCUUUGGAUAGCUACUAUCUGACGUGCAGAUGGUGAGGAGGGGAAGCCAUUUUAGGCUGUUGUGAGGCACCCACUCUCCUUAUGAGCUGUCAAUACUCUGACAUCAAAUGAAAUAAUACUUGCUUAUGCCCUCACAAUGUCACACCUUUUUGUGACGUUGCAGAAUUAAAAUGUUCUCUUAUUGUGACAUCGCGGGAUACAAAUGUUCAAGAGAGCACACAUUUGUUGCAAAAAAAAAAAAAGAACUGACAGUUUUCUCUCAUUGUGACAUCAGCAGAGUGGAUGACAUGGUGGUUUUGAAAUGGUUUCUACUGUACCCAAUCCAUGAUCAUAUAACGGUGAGUAUGCUGGGGAAAUGAAUGUAGUUCUAAACACAGGAGACACAGACAAUCCUUUGUUGAGUUUAUUUCCUUAGAAUGUGUAUGCUGUGGUCUGAGUGACUGUAUAAUGCUCACUUUUCCUCUCAUCUGCCCUAACUCUACAAAAGGGAAGGGCCAGAAGGAAUUAUCUCAUUGGUCAGUGUACCUGUCUAUCACGACUGACCCGUGCCUGAAGACCUGAAGCUGUGACAUCAUUUGUAUGUUUUCUAAGAACUUGAUAAUAAACUUGGAACUUGUAAAAUUC